UGAGUUUCACACAUCUGCAAGUUUACAGACGGGUUUAAACAACAUGCUCGGAAGUUCAAGUGCUUUCAAGUGAGUGAAUGUGGAGAAAUGAAACUCAGUUUGGGAUUGGAUCAGUUUUGUUGUAUGAGAAAGUGAAACUAUUUGACUUUCACUUUCGCUGAGGGUUGAAAUGGCGCAGCAAGAAAAACUCUCCUGUUCCAUCUGUCUGGAUCUACUCAGAGAUCCGGUGACGAUUCCCUGUGGACACAACUACUGUAUGGACUGUAUUAAAAGGUACUGGUAUGAAGGGAAACAGGGGAAAGUACAAAGCUGUCCUCAGUGCAGGCAGGAUUUCAUACCAAACCCUGUCCUGGUGAAAAACACCAUGUUAGCAGAUUUAGUGGAGGACCUGAAGAAAACAGGAGCCUCAGCUGAACCAGCUGAUCAGUGUUAUGCUGGACCUGAAGAUGUGGCCUGUGAUGUCUGCACUGGGAGAAAACUGAAAGCUCUCAAGUCCUGUCUUCACUGUCUGGUCUCUUACUGUGAGCAACACCUCCAGCCUCACUAUGAGUCUCCAGCCUUUGAUAAACACAAGCUGGUUCACCCGUCCAAGAAGAUUCAGGAGAACAUCUGCAGCUGUCACGAUGAAGUGAUGAAGAUUUUCUGCCGCACUGAUCAGCAGUGUAUCUGUUAUCUCUGCUCCAUGGAUGAACACAAAGGCCACGACACAGUCUCUGCUGCAGCAGAGAGAGCUGAGAGGCAGAGGGAACUAAAAGUGAAUCAGCAAAAGAUCCAGCAGAGAAUCCAGGACAGAGAGAAAGAUGUGAAGGUGCUUCAGCAGGAGGUGGAGGCUAUCAGUCGCUCUGCUGAUAAAGCUGUGAGGGAAAGUGAGAAGAUGUUCACAGAUCUGAUCCUUCUCUUUGAGAAAAGAAGGUCUAAUGUUAAGCAGCAGAUCAGAUCCCAGCAGGAAAGUGAAGAAAGACGAGUCAAAGAGCUUCAGGAGAAGCUGGAGAAGGAAAUCUCUGAACUGAGGAACAAAGAUGAAGAGUUGGAGAAGCUCUCACACACAAAAGACCACACCCAGUUUCUACAGAAUUACCCUUUGCUUUCAAAUCUCACUGACUCUUCAGAGUCACCCAGCUUCAAUAUCCGACCUCUGCGAUACUUUGAGGAUGUGAUGGUGACUGUGUCAGAGGCCAGAGAUAAACUGCAGCACGUUCUUAAAGAAGAAUGGACCAAGAUCUCACAGACAGUGACUGAUGUGGAUGUUUUACUGUCACAAGUGGAGCUCAGGACCAGAGCUGAAUUCUUACAAUACUCACAACAAAUCACUCUGGAUCCAAACACAGCAAACACACAGCUGGUUUUAUCUGAAGGGAACAGAAAAGCAACAAUGAUGAGACAAUCAGUAUUUGCUGCAAUGGCAAGGUCAUGCGAAAUGUUAAAGGAGUUACAGACUACACAAACCAGUUCACUCUGUAGCUUUUACCGUUUCCAGAUGCUGAGCAGAGAGACUUUGACUGGAUGUUGUUAUUGGGAGGUGGAGCACAGUGGGGAUGUAGUUUCAGUGGCGGUCACAUACAAGCAUACAAGAGGAACAGAAUAUGAGAGGGUAUUUGGGAACAAUGACAAGUCUUGGGCAAUGUAUUGUUUUGCAAGGAGAUUAGAAUUCAGACAUAACAACAUCAGAACCUCCAUCGCAGAUCCUCUGUCCUCCAGAGUGGGAGUGUACCUGGACCACAGGGCAGGUAUUCUGUCCUUCUACAGUGUCUCUGAAACCAUGACUCUCCUCCACAGAGUCCAGACCACGUUCACUCAGCCGCUCUAUGUGGGACUUGGAGUUGGUUAUAGAUCUACAGCUGAGCUCAGAUAGGUUGGAAUGAUUAGGUGGAUGAGUGACACUGAGCUUUUUUGCUGCUUGGAUCUUUUUGCUGUGGUGUUACUGCAAAUUCUCACUGAUGAGCUGAUAAACUGUGUAGACAUGCUGUGAUCUGCCUGUGAUUUUGCUGUUCAUGUAGUUUAAGAUUCGCACUUUCUUGUGUUCCUCUUUUUAUUUCUAAUUUUGUGCCUGCGGAGUGUGUGCAACAAGGCAAAGCCACACUGGACAAUGUACUUGAAUCUUAAUAUAUUUAUCUUUUAUUUAUUUUAAUUAUUUUACAUUUGCAUGUUUAGUAUCUCUUACUGUAAGAUAUCAAGCUUCCAUAACUGCAUGUGAACUAAGAUAAUGUGCACACCCCUGAAUCCACCUAAAAACUUAGAAUUGUACUGUAUCAAUCAAUACAUCAUCAGGUAAUACAAGUAGACAGAUAAAAGCAUUUAAACCAUGAACAAUCAUUUAAAUAAAACAGGUGGAGGUGGCAAAUGAAUGAAGAUCAGUGUGUGACAUUUCAAACAUGUGACAGGAUGUCACUGUCCACUCAAUAUCUACUUAUCACAUGUAAAGACAUGUAAAGUUUGUGGCAGCUGUGAUCAGCAUGAAUGCAUGUAUUUAUUCACUGUGUUUUGUUCUCCACCGAGCACCGUCAUCAUCACGUGAGACAACUGUAUACUGUCACCACAGAGCCACUGUACAACCACCAACUUGUGGAAUUUAGCUUGAGGUUGCUGAAGUAACUAGAUUAUUUUCCCCCCUCAGUCCUAACUUUUCGUGGGGCCACUACUUGGACGUGUCCUUGCCCAUUCAGAGCUCAUAUGGUCUGAACUAUAGCUUCAUCACUCUCAAGCUCCAAUUCUGAUUCACAAAUGGCACAAAAACUAAUUCCUCAUCAUCAGUGGUCUCAGGCGUCUCUUCUUUCAAAGUGUGUCUUCAUUUAAAAAUAAGUUUUGAAUGGGAUCUUUUCUCCUCUGCUGUAGAAAACGUCCUAAAUGCCCAUACGUAUGGACGCUUAAACAUUCCUCUGUCAAAGCUGGAUUAUACCCCACAUUUCGUGUUUUUUUUCUCUUCUGUCUUUCUUUUCUUUGAUGUAAACAAACUCUGUAGGGAACUUGAUAAUAAACCCUGGAG